AUGUCUAAGUUUGAACCAGUCUUUGUUAUUGAUGGUAAGGGCCACUUAGUAGGUCGUUUAGCUUCCAUUGUUGCCAAGCAAUUAUUGGAAGGUCAAAAGAUCGUUAUUGUCAGAGCUGAAGCUUUGAACAUUUCUGGUGAAUUCUUCAGAAACAAGUUAAAGUACCAUGACUACUUGAGAAAGGCUACUCGUUUCAACAAGACUCGUGGUCCAUUCCAUUUCAGAGCUCCAUCUAGAAUCUUCUACAAGGCUGUCCGUGGUAUGAUUUCCCACAAGACUGCUCGUGGUAAGGCUGCUUUGGAACGUUUAAAGGUUUUCGAAGGUGUCCCACCUCCAUAUGACAAGAAGAAGAGAGUUGUCGUUCCAAACGCUUUGAGAGUCUUAAGAUUGAAGCCAGGUAGAAAAUAUACUACUUUAGGUAAGUUAUCUUCUUCUGUUGGUUGGAAAUACGAAGAUGUUGUUUCCAAAUUGGAAGAAAAGAGAAAGGUUAGAUCAGCUGAAUACUACGCUAAAAAGAGAGCUUUUAACAAGAAGGUUUCUUCUGCUAAUGCUGCCGCUUCUGAAUCUGAAGCUGCUAAGCAAUUGGCUACUUUCGGUUACUAA